CAGAAAGAGAGAACGGUGAAAUACAUAUAACUAUAAGACGCACUUGGCGGUUAUUUUGAAAGCAACUAACGUGCAUUUUAGAUAAAGUGACCCACAUAAUGUCAACGCAGAACAGUUCACUGCACGGGCUUGCAGCCUAGCCAGGCGUAUAAAACAAACUGGUUACUUGUGCUAGUUGCACUGCUGAAAGAAAAACGGAGACAAGAAAACUUUUAUAACUGUCCUUAGUCAACGAUGGGAUACCCGCUUCAAGUGGCGCUACUCUCGACGGCUGUCCUGUGCGUGUGGUCCGCGGUGAUGAACAGGCGUGAGGAAUUCACAGAAGCCACGAACUACCUGAAGCGGUAUGGUUAUCUGCACACUUCACUGGAUCCCCGGGACCAGGGAUUCCAAGAGGAGGAGUUAGCUGAAGCUGUCAGGACCUUCCAGAGGGUGACCGACCUGCCAGUCACAGGAAAGAUUGAUGAGGCCACACUGGCAAUGAUGAGGCAGCCCCGCUGCGGCAUGGAGGACCCCUUCAACCAGAAAUCCUUCAAAUACCGAGUUAUGGGCUACUGGCGCAAGAGGAGCCUCACCUACCGCAUCUACAACUACACCCCUGACCUGGGGCAAUCCAAAACCCGUGCGGCCAUUCGCUCAGGGCUCAAGUACUGGAGCGAUGUUGCCCCUCUCACCUUCAGGGAGGUGUACACCGGGCACGCCGACAUCAAGAUCUCCUUCCACAAGAAAGAGGGCACCUGUCCAGUCCCCUUUGACGGUCCAGGUCGAGUCCUGGCCCAUGCGGAGGCCCCUGAGUCGGGCGUCGUGCACUUUGAUGAGGAUGAGUUCUGGACCGAGGGCAGCUACUAUGGCGCCAACCUUCGGAUCAUUGCGGCACACGAGAUUGGCCAUGCCCUGGGACUGGGCCACUCCCAGUACAGCAGCGCCCUGAUGGGUCCUGUCUACAGCGGGUACCGCGCCAACUUCCGUCUGCACUCCGACGAUGUAAAGGGCAUCCAGGCCCUGUACGGUAAGCGAGUGCCCACUUCACCUACUGUCCCCAGCACUCCCUCUGUGCCACCCUCCACAGCCACACCUCCUGACAUGCUGUCGGAGAAGCCAGAUCCCUGCACUGCUAACCUAGAUGCCAUCAUGCUGGGUCCCUUCAAGAAGACGUAUGCCUUCAGUGGGAAGUAUGUGUGGACGGUGUCGGACCUGGGAUACAACCCACCCAUCAAGAUCAGCCUGCUUUGGAAGGGUCUGCCUGGAGACCUGGACGCAGCUGUCCACUCCCAGAGGACCAACAAGACCUUCUUCCUGAAGGGAGACAAAGUAUGGCGGUACACCUACUUCCGUCUCGACAGUGGCUACCCCAAACAGCUGACUCGCAUCCCCUCAAACAUCGACGCAGCCUUGUACUUGGAGGCCAACAAGAAGCUCUUCUUCUUCAAGGGUUCAGGGUACUGGCAGUGGGACGAGAUGAAGUACACGGACCUCAGCGUGUACCCAAAGCCCAUCUCACGGCUGUUCACUGGGGCGCCCUCGAACCUGGACGCAGCUUUCACCUGGACCAACAGCAAGAUUUACUUCUUCAAGGGCGACCAGUACUGGCGUGUCAACAAUCAGCUGAACGUGGAGAGGGGCUACCCAGUCAGCAAGAAAGAGCGCUGGAUGCAGUGUGCCAAGUAGACCACCAGGGGGCAACAGACCAAACGAGGGAGUUGUGCAGUGAGGUCCAACCUCGGGAGCUGGCUACCACACACAGCCUGGACUGAGGACGGUAUAGAAUUCUGGGAUGGAAUGCUGGAGUCAGGGGGGUUUGUCAGAUUCUCAGGACACAUUUCAAAGUGUAGCUUAAUUUUCAAAGACUUUCACUUGCCAGUUCCUUAAUGUAGAAACCCAAAUCCUAUAGCAACACAUCAUCACUAAACACACUAAGAACAGUCUUACCACAGCUCAUCAGAACUGAAGGAAAAGUCUGAAAGUGUUGCUGUCGAAAAACGUGCAUCUCAGGCAGAAAAUGCAUUUGAAACUUAUUUGACAGUUACUGUAGAGGCCUCUUUGGGAACUGAGGCUGUUGAUGUCACUGAAAAGCAGAUACCAGCCAACUGCCAGGGUAUACAUAAGUACUGCCUUGGGAAACUGUCAGGUGUUUGACGGUACAGUAUUUUAUUCUUUCCAUACAUUUUUAUAUAUGAGUUUUCAUGAUUUUCUCUCAAACAGGCAAUAAUCACAAUUUCUUAUAAAGUGAUAUUGCCAAAGCAUUGUCAUUAUCACUUUUGAUACAGCAGUUACUGGAUAAUUGCUACUUAGCUUGUAAAGUGAUUUUUU